AUGUUAUUUUUGGAUCUGGGCGUUGUGAUGAAUUCGCUCGCUUGUAGUCUAUGCAUUUUGUUCAUUCGGCCAGUCGUCACCAUUCCUCUUUCAAUCUAUUCGAUUUCACCGCAAUACUUUGACAGAAAGACGAUUACAAUCGUUUUUGGUUUCGCUUGUCAAUUUGCCGGUUUCUCAGUCAUUUUUCUUAUUUCCAACUAUUUCCAUCGAGCCAUCGUUUUAGCGUCAUUCGCCUGGAAAAAAUCGCUUAUCACUUAUUUUACGAUAAUUUCCUUUUUAUGGACAAUGUCGAAUUUCUCGAGUAUCACCUACGUUGUCUAUCAACUCUUAACAAACAUCCCAAUUACCGUACCUGUUGAACUCAAAUCGAUCACAAAUCGCAGCGGCGUUUUACUGCUUGACGCUGAGGAAUUCACCGAUUUAAACAAAAUCACCCAAAUCCCGAACACGAUUUGUUUAUUAACUCUAAUCGCCACGAUCUUUCUCAUUUUCAAGUUCUCAAAGAGAAAGGGACUUGCAAGUGGAAAAACGCAAAGGAAACAGAAACAACUUUUCCGAAUCACGUUGAUUCAAGCUUUGGUUUUUACUCUCACAAUUGUCAUCCCUGCCUGUGCCCUUAUUCUAGCUACAACCACUACAAUUAUCACGAUUCCUGAUCUUUGUCUCUACUUCAUCUUUUGCCCAAUAUUGAUGCUUUCCCCCGGCAAUUGCUUGGCGAUCAUCAUGAUACCUCAUUACAGGAAACAAAUAAUACAAUUUGUUACGAAGCAAACCAUUCGGAUCCAGCGUUUCCCGGUUUUGCGUCGAAAGACAAAAUCCUCGAUUGCGAUUUUCGUUGAAGUUCAAAGGAAUUUGAAAAAAAGAAGUAGUUAU